AUGUUCCGCGGCCGCCGUGCCUGGUUCUCGCAGAGCGUCAGCCCGGGCCCGCGGGGGCUCUGGGUGGCCGGUGGAGGGGCACUGACCAACUGGCUGGAUGCCGAGUACCUCUUCAGCAGCGAUGCCACCCACCCUGACACCCGCAGCAUACACGAGAGUCUCAGAUACUUGGAGGGCAGAGCCACAGUCUUUCACCCUCGUUACCUCUCGGCGUGUGACUGUGCUGGCGCCACAGAGAAGCCUUCAGUGGUUCUGGGCCACUUUGUCCUGCCCCCUGCCUGCCUGCAAGAAGAAAUCAGAAAGAAAAUCGGCUGUUUUAUUUGGGAGCAGGUGGAUGUCCUUGAAGAAAAGCCCAAUGGAAAUCCAACAGAGGAACCGGAGGCAGCAAGAAACGGCUGUGAGGAAGAUCCAGAGGGGGAAGCGCUAGACCUGGACAAGAGCAGCGAAGAAACAGACUCUGAAGCACCUUUCCAGGGAGGAUUUCCAUACCGCGCCCUCCAGGAAUACCCAGUAAAUAACAUGGUGACAGGCUACACCUCUGCCCGGGACAUGAAGAAAUAUGAAGGGGAGCUCCAUGACUUCAUCCCUGGUACAUCAGGCUAUGCGGCCUACUGGGUUCAAACCAAAAUUAGCAUUUACUGUGAGAGGAAGACCAAAAUGAAGAGGAAAUUGUAAUUAAUAGGUGUCUGGAGCAGCAAAAACUUCCCAAUUUAAGAGCUGCCAGAGAGGAUUUAUAAAUUAUCCAACUGCAGCUCAACAUGUUCAAUGUAUAUUUAAACACCGGCUAACUCUACUGCAAAUAUUUUCUUCUUUAAGUUUACAGUACUUAAAUUUCACAACAAACACAAAUACAGACAUUUCUCUCCAAAACACAAACCUUUUGUCAUUUUAUUGCUAUCAGG